AUGGAUAGAUGGGACGAGACGACGCGUCCGGUGGCUAGCGCUCGCCCAGCUUCAUCCUGUUCUGGUCAAGUGGCCGGCUGGCCAGCGGCGACGCGGCCUCCACUGUCCCAAGCCCCGUUAGUGUCCACCACCAUGGAGUCGCCUGGUUAUGUGCUGAGUGCAAAAAUUCGCGAAUUUUUCAAAUACACUGGCAUUCUUGUUCACAGGUAUCCGGCGCCGUUCUUUUGGAUUCCCGUUUUUUUGACUGUGUUCAGCGCUAUUGGACUGCUUCUGUUCAAAGAAGAGAAUCGAAUAUGGUAUCUCUACAGUCCAUCUGGUGCAGCUUCCCAUUACGAACAUUCCGUUGCCAACGAAUUCUUCAACGAUCGAGGCGGGAAGUUUUGGUUGGAGAUCGCUAUCACCACACGCGAUAUGGGCAAUCUGCUAAGAGAGAACUAUUUCGAUGAAGUCGAGGCAUUAGCCAGUUAUCUACAGUACAAUUUCACCACUGACUGUCUUAUUGGUGAUGGAGAAACGAAGUGCGCUUUUGCUGAACUUUGUUCUGGUAGCAGUUGUUCAGAAAAUCAGGUGAUACCAUUGUUCAAUCUGAUCUAUCGUAACGCGUCAUCACGCCUUCAUCCGAACUUCCGCCUGACCUAUCCGACUAUGCACCUCUAUAACGACGAGUACUACGUUGCUGAACACUUUGCUGGUGUUGAAAUCGAUAAAAAUACGAAUGUAAUAUCAUCGGUGAAAGUGGUUGUGUUGUAUUUUCGAACUGAUCGGCAAAACGAGGAGAACGCGAAAAAUUUACAAAGAUGGGAAAGCAGCAUUUUCGACUAUGUCGAACAAUUCCAACAUCCAGUGCUUAACAUCACUUGCAAUAGUGAUGCUUUGAUUGCCAGAGAGGUUCGCAAGAACGGUCUUGCAUGCUUACCGUAUUUCGGUAUUUCGGUAACGCUCGUGUACUGCUUCAUACUGAUUACGAAUCGUCGUGAACAUUUUCGAUUUGGUCACUCAGUCUGCAUGGGAUUUCUCGGGAUCGCUGGGCCACUGAUGGCAGUUGGAACGACCUUCUGUCUGCUGUUUUUGUUUGGAAUUCCAUUCAACUCGAUCACUUUGGUGAUGCCGUUUCUGAUCAUUGGAGUCGGUUCUGAUGAUGUCUUCAUUAUUAUUCAUGCUAUGCGAAAGACCAAUAAGAAAAUGUCACUUGAAGACCAAAUAGCUGAAACUAUGGAGGAAGCUGGACCAUCGAUUACUGUGACGUCCGUGACGAACAUACUGUCGUUUGGCAUUGGUGUCCUAACGCCGACGCCUGCGAUUUCGCUCUUCUGUCUCUAUACAUGCGUCGGUCUCGCUGUCGAUUUUGUCUACCAGCUUACAUUCUUCGUUGCUGCGUUAGUUUAUGAGGAGAUGAGAAUUUCCAACACCGAAAAGCCUGCAAUCGUGAACGUCGUCGUCAACCAGAAAGAAAUGGUGUCGGCGAAGCUGUCGGUGCGAUCAGUUCAUCCAGCCGAUCCAAACGGUAUCGUCUCAAAAUACUGUAAGUUAUUGGAAUCUGUGACGAUUCGUUUGGCACUAUUGGUUGUGUUGGUGAUCUAUUGGGCAACAUCGAUUUACGGAUGUCUAAAAAUGGAAAUUCGUAUGGACAGUACAAAAUUGGUGAUGAAGGAAAGUUCUCUACACAACGUCGUCUAUGUUUAUGAGAAUUUUUUGUGGAAGGAAGGACAACUCGUGAUGGUGUUUGUAAACUCUCCACCCGAUCUCUCGUUAGAGGUUAACCAACGUCGAAUGCUGGGAUUGGUCAGUGAGUUCGAAAGCCUACCAUAUUCGAUGGGUAGGAACUCAACAUCGUUCUGGCUUCGAUCGUUUCUCUACCAGUCCACUCUCUAUCACACAAAAGAAGGAUUCUAUUCGCUUUUGGAUAGAUGGCUUAAGGAUUCCGAGAAUAGUGGAUGGAGAUGGAAUGAUAUGAUACGACUGAAGCGAGACGUUAACGGAAUGGUUGUUGGAGUGGAUAAGUAA